AUGUACAAGGUACUGGAGCGGAUUAUCCUGGACCGACUCAUUAAACAUCGCGAAGAAACAACGCGCAACGAGCAAACUGGCUUUCGUCCUGGCCGAUCUACGAUUGACCAGGUGUUCAUCGUCAGGAGAGUGAUCGAAAUCUGGCAGCGGUAUUCAAAGCCAGUGCAAUUAGCGUUUCUGGAUUUUGAAGCCGCGUUCGACUCUCCUCACCGAGGCCGUCUUCUCAACGCGCUUCGCGCCGAUGGAGUAUCAGGAAAGUUCGUUCGCUUGCUUGACGACAUGAAUCAACGAAAAACUGCUGCAGUUCGAACACCAGCCGGAUGUACAACACCAUUUGAAGUGGUAACUGGAGUAAGACAAGGGGCGGUGGCAGGACCCUUCCUGUUCAAUUUCGCCAUCGACGACAUUAUGCGAAGAACAGUGAACCAGUGUCCUGCCGACAUUGUCUUAGCACCAUCAGGGUGCCCCUUGACUGACCUCGUAUACGCCGACGAUGUUGUUAUAUUCGCGGAAAGCAGUACGAAACUUCAACAUGUUGUCAACCUUGUAUCGAAGCUGGCUGCAGCCUAUGGACUACGCCUACGCCCUGAUAAAUGCAAGCAGAUGUGGACCUCUUCGAAACCUCGAACGGGAAUCAGGGUGGACGGACAACCGACAGAACUCGUCGAUGUGUUCUGUUACCUAGGCUGUAUGCUGAAAAACAAUGGUAGCUACGAGAGAGAUGUUCAGCAAAGAUGCGCUAAGUCCACUUCUGCAUUUAACUCCUUAACGAAAUGCCUGUGGUCGACCCCCGUCACCAACGAAGUUAAGCUGCGAGUCUACUUAUCCGCAAUUCGCCCCAUCAUGAUGUACGGAUCGGGGACUUGGGCAGCACCAUCAAGGGUUAUGGAGAAGCUUGACUGCACGGAACGAAAGCUGCUUAGACGGCUAAUUGGCUACUUUUGGCCUAGGGUAUGUCACAAUGAAGAUCUUUACGUAGAAAUUGAUGUGGUAUACCGGCGGAUGACACGUGGAAGACACCAAUAUCUUGCACCGCCAUCGAAAGUGGCUAAAGUAAAUCGUCUUCGCUUCUUUGGUCAUAUAGUAAGGAGACCGGCAUAUCGCCUUGUUCAGCGAGUUUUGAGGAGUUCGUCGGGUUCGAGCUGGAAGAAGCCACCUGGCCGAAAACGGAAGUUCUGGACUGAGGUGGUGAAAGAGGACCUGAGGACAAGCUCUCGCAGAAUAUCGAGAAAGUUGGGCAGAACUGUGUUUAAGGACGGCACACCUCGGCGAAGAUGCGGGUAA